UAAGAAGGAGCUAAAGAGGAACAAAAAGGAAAGAAAGAAAGUAAGGGAAGUCGGCAUUUUGAAGAAGGAUCCAGAUACAAUCAAGGAACAGAUUGAAAAGUUGGAAAUUAUGAGGUGCUGCAUGCACUUGUAGCGGUGGGGAGUUGGUUACUAACUUUGGAAGGAACAACAUCAAUGUUCUUGCUUUUUGGCUGGAUUCAUAAAAGAAAUUUCAGAUAUUUGCUACAGGGAUGAAGGCUUUUUUAAGUGGCUGCAAAGAGAGGUGUUUAUUGGAAGAUGUAUUGAAGCUGUGGGUCUGGGUCUAGCUACAGGAGAGUUAAAGCUUUGGAGUAUCAGGGAGAAAAUUUGAAAUUUCACUUAAGGCUGAGUUUCUGAUAGCUGUUGAUACAUAAGCAGAUGGUGCUCUGGACAAGGCAAGGAAGCACAAGAAAAGACAACUUGAGGACACACUGAACCUAGUUUUGAAGAAGAGGAAGGAGUAUGAAGAGAAACUACGGGAAAAGGGUGAGACUCCGGUGAUGUUCAGCCACUUGGGUCCUCCUCGCAGACGAACAACUGCAGAGGAAGAGGAGAGAGUGAAACACCCAAAACCAGAAGAUUCUGUUUAUUAUCACCCUACGUUAAAUCCUACAGGGGCACCACCUCCUGGAAAGCUUCCCAUGUAUAAAUCAUCAAUAGGACCUAGAAUUCCUAUGUCAGAAGCUUCAUCAAGUGGUGCAGCAUCAUCAUCAUUGUCAGAAUCCGAGGAUGUGAUAUUAGCGACUAUACCUCCUCCUCCCCCACCUCCUCCGUUGCCGAACUCCAGUGAAUUGGGGUCUGGAGAUGGUGACCUACCAUCAUCUUUGCCUGUACCACCUCCACCUCCAAAGCCUGCUUCUGAUCUUGGUGCCAAAUUGCCCCCUCCACCAUUGCCUCCACCACCUCCAGGACCUCCAUCCAAGGAACAGAUUUCCAGUCACACUCCACUGGCUCCACCUCAACCAACCCAACGACCUACUACUCAGCCACCUCCUCCAGGCACAAGUGGAAGUGAGAGGGAAAAAAAUCAAGCUGCUGCAUCAGAUGAUCCAGAAACUAAGAUUCCAGGCAGGCUGCCCCAACCUCCACCUCUUCCUGGGUUGCCACAGAAAUCUGUUAGUCAACAGAAGUCUGUUAGUCAUCAACCUCAAGUUGCUCACUCUAACUCCGAUACCAGUAACAGUAUGGGGAGUAAGGAUGCCUCUGAUUUGAUUCCACCACCGCCACCUCCUCCUAGGCCACCAACUGCUGUUGCUAGGGCUGCAUUGAUGCCUACGUUGCAGCCUGAUGUAUUACCUCCGGGUAUUUCACGCUUCCCACCACCUCCUCCUCCACCUCCACCUUCAGAUUUGCGGCCACCACUGUCUGGCCCUGGACUUCCUAACCGAGCUGCUUCUCCUGGAAUGAUUGUUCCACCUAUUCCAAGGCCACCUUUUGGGUUACCAGCUGGACUGCCCCUGAUGAUGAGACCACCAGUUCCACCUGGCCCUGUUCCUACUUUCCAGGAAGAUGAUCAAACUGCAGUAAGACCUGCACCACCAAAGCCAUCAUAUGUCAAGUCAGCGGCAUCAACUGUGGUGAAGAAACCAUUGGCUCAGCAUACCCCUGAACUUACAGCUAUGGUUCCAGCAUCUGUAAGAGUAAGGAGAGAGACUGCUGUUCCAAAAGUGAAAUCAAAACCACCGUUGUCAACAGGAGCAACAGCGCCCCGGGCAGCAGCUCCUGCUGUUGCUGGGAAGUCGGAACUGGUGAAUGCUUCAGCAGCACCAAAGACACAGAGCAUUGAUGAUUCAUACACGGCCUUUUUGGAAGACAUGAAGGCCCUUGGUGCUCUUGAUGGCUGAGCUGAUAGUAGCUGAUGCAGUGAAUUUGAGCUGUGAAACAUGUUGAAAAAAAACAUGGAAGGCUCUUGUUAUGGUUUUGGGGUUUAUGGCCAAGAAUGAGUUACUGCUGUAGCUAGGCAUGUUAUCCUCUCAAAAUGUUCCAUCCCUGAAAUCUCUGUUCCGAUACUAGGAUUGUCAAUGAUCUUUCCAUGCUUUAGGAGUGGGGUGCUCAAGUUGGAAACUGAAUUUUGAAAUGAAAUUUAUACAGUUACUUGUUUUCCA